GAUAGACACGACAUCCAUUUAUUACUUACUUGAUACUUUUCAACUACAAAUUGUUUUCUCUAUUUUGAGAAAUUCACAUACUUGAAUUGAAAAUACAUCAAAGAAGAAAAGAAAAAUGGUGCUUAUUUGUCCCCGAAUUCAUUUCUUCGAGAUCAAUGAUCAACCCUGGUAUGUUGCCCUUCAGCAGCUCAAGACAAGCUUUCCAAGCUAUCCAAGCUACACACAUCUACAUCUGCUUCGAUCCUUUAACUUCUCAUCGCUCUUCUCAACUAACUUCAAUUUCUCACCCAGGUUUCCUCAAUAUCUCCGCGAAAAAGUCCAAUCCUGUCUUACCCUCUGCUGGACCUUCCGAGUUCCCAUCAUCCAACCCUCUUCCCCCGCCCAACUAGUCGCCACAACCCUUUCUCGAACCCUCUCAGAUAAAGUUACAUCCUACACUUACGUAGAUUUCUGUGCCGGGGCUGGUGGUCCCACGCCUUACAUUGAGGUGUACAUGAAUGAGCAAUUGAACUCCUCAACCUCUGCACCCUCUACCUCCUCCAAUCCAUCAAAAUCCUCAUCGGUAGCCACGCCUGAGGUUUCCUACGCCGAGAUUGCAGCCGCGCCGAAAGAUGAAAUCAAUGGACUUAAACAGAGAUCGUCUCAUCUUGUUAAUGCGGAUGAUAAACAUGCAAAAGUACAAUUUGUAUUAACAGAUUUACAUCCACAUAUCCCGGACUGGACGGAAGCUUCAAAACGCAGCGAGAACCUCAAUUUUAUAUCAGAAUCUGUCGAUGCAGCAAACGCGCCAAGAAAUCUGUUGAAGAAUGUCAAUGGUGUCAACGGGGAGACCAAGGUGUUUAGAUUGUAUAAUCUAGCCUUUCAUCAUUUCGACGACGGAUUAGGAAGUAAGAUAUUGAAGAACACGGUUGAAACCGCCGAUGGUUUUGGGUACGGUCAUUCAUUUUCCUAUCUCUUCUUACCUCCAUCUAAAUAAAUCAAACUAACCACGCACAGUAUAUUCGAACUCCAAGAACGUACUCUCUCCUCUCUAAUUACCAUGUUUGCCAUGGGCAUAAUGAUUCUCGGCAUAACUCCAUUUUAUUUCUGGCGUUCACCAGGCCAUCUAUUUUUCACAUAUAUUAUUCCCAUCAUCCCUUUCGUAUUGGUGUUUGAUGGGAUUAUUAGUUCGUUGAGGACGAGGAGCGCGGAGGAAGUGGAGGCACUGAUGAGGGGGAGUGGGGUGGAUACGCAGGAGUGGAAGGUGUCAAGUGGGAGGGAGAGACAUACGUGGCCGACGGGUUAUAUGACUUGGGUUAUGGGAAUUAAGGAGUAGAGGGUUUGGGAGGGAUUGGAGUGUAUAAUUAGGCCAUUUGGGUUUUUUUUAUUAGGUAUUGAUUGCACAAUAGGCAGAUGGAUGGGUUGGGGUGGGAUACAUCAAUGAGUCUCCAAUUUUUUGGAAUCGUUUGCUUCAGACCAGUUGAGAUUUGAGAGCUCGCUGCCGGAAUUGAUGGACUGCAUUCAGUGGAAGGGAAGCUUCUAAGUAUACAUAUGAAUUGUAAUUAAGAAAUGUAAU